GCGUCGGCAUGUCCUCCCCGGACGGCAACUCCCGGUCCGACUUCGUCGCCGAGCCGUCGGCCGGCUCGCUGACGUACGGCCGCACCGGCGGCUGCUUCCUGACCCGGGUCCGGGGCGCGCUCCUCGCGGCCGCCGUCGUCGCCGCCAUCAUCCUCGCCGCCUUCUUCGGGCGCUACGUGUGGGCGCCGGCGCAGCCGCAGAACCCCGCCAGCCUCGGGACCUCGUUGGGGGAGCCCACGGGCUCGCACCGGGAUGGCGCGGGCCAGCGCCUGCCCCAGGACGUGCAGCCCGUCCGGUACCGGCUGCACCUCUGGCCGAUCCUCGACGUGCCCGUGCCCAACAGGACGGCGUUCAGCUUUGAGGGGCGGCUGGCCCUCACGGUGAAGGUGGCGGCCGAGGCCGGCGCCGACCGGGUCACGCUGCACGCCGCCCCGGCGCUCACCAUCCCCGACGACGGCGUCCUGGUGGCGGAGGCGUGCCCGCUCGCCGAGGCGCUCGCCGAGUCCUGGGACGCGUUCCCCGACACGUCCACGCCGGCGCUCCACAAGGUCGGCGUCACGGUGAAGAGGACCCCGGCAUGGGACCUCCUGGAGCUCGAGGUCGGCGACCGGCUCCCCGCGGGCGGGCUGUACGUGGUCUUCAUCAGGUUCAACGGCACCUUGGGAGACUCGCUCAGCGGCUUCUACCGCUCCAGCUACGUGGACCCCGAGACCAAAGCAAAGAAGUGGCUCGCCACCACCCACAUGCAGCCCACCUUCGCCAGGGAGGCGUUCCCCUGCUUGGACGAGCCCGACUUCCGGGCGCCCUUCCAGGUCAGCAUCGCCUCCAGCGACGCGAUGCACGUCCUCGCCAACGCCCCGCUCAACACCACCGAGCCGAUCUCAGCGGCCCCCGGCUGGCGCUGGCACCACUUUGAGCAGAGCGUGCCCAUGUCUACAUAUUUGGUCGCCUUCGCCGUCACGGACUUCAGCUACAUCACUCCCCGGACGCAGCGCCUCCGGAGGGCGGCGAACGACGGCGGCGAGAUAGAGGUGCGCCUGUGGGCGCGGCCGGCCGUCCUCGCGAAGGGCAGGUACGCGGUGGAGCUGACGCCCAGGAUCCUGGACUUCUUCGGCGAGUACUUCUCGGUGCGGUACCCGCUGCGCAAGCUCGACCUGCUCGCCAUCCCGGACUUCGACGCGGGUGCCAUGGAGAACUGGGGGCUCCUGAUCUUCCGCGAGCCGGCCCUGCUCCUCGACGCGGAGGCCGACGUGGGCGCCAAGGAGGGCGUGGCCGUGACAGUGGCGCACGAGCUGGCGCACCAGUGGCUGGGCAACCUGGUGACGGCGGCCUGGUGGAACGAGCUCUGGCUCAACGAGGGCUUCUCGGAGUACAUGCAGGGCGCCGCCGUCGAUCACGUGGAGCCAUCGUGGCAGAUGAUGGAGCGCUUCCAGGUCAAGAUCCUCCAGCCGGCGCUCCAGUCCGACUCGAUCCAGACGACCCGGGCCAUCGCCGCGCGCGUGGACUCCGAGCACGACAUCAUGCAGGCCUUCGACUCCAUCGCGUACGAUAAGGGCGCGUGCCUCCUGAGGAUGCUGCACCACAGCCUGGGAGACGCCGCCUUCCGCCGCGGGGUGAAGCAGUACAUGCAGACGUGGAAGCACAACAGCACCACCGAGUCGCGACUCUGGGAGCCGCUCACCGAGGCCGUGCGCAGCGCGCCGCCCCCGGACUCGGCGCACGUCACCCUCCCGGAGAACACGACCGUCGCCGAGGUCAUGUCGGCGUGGACGAGGGCGGCGGGCUUCCCCGUGGUGAACGUCACCCGGGCCGGCGGCAAGCUGGUCCUGACGCAGGAGAAGUUCCUGCGUCGGCCCUGGGCGCGCAACAGCAGCCGCCCGUACUCGGAGCCGCAGCUCUGGCACGUGCCCGUCAGCAUGGUCACCCAGAGCGAGGCGGAGCGGGACGCCUCCCUGCUGCAGGACACGCGGCCGCGCGCUUGGCUCGUCGCCAGGACCCUUGUCCUGGACAUGGACAAGCCCGACGACUGGGUGCUCGUCAACCUACAGCAGACCGGAUUCUUCCGCGUCAACUACGACCUGGACAACUGGCGGCUGCUGUCCGAACAGCUGCGGCGCGACCCAUCGCGGCUGCCCGUCGCCGUCCGAGCGCAGCUGCUGGACGACGCGUUCGCGCUGGCUGGCGCCGGCCUGCUGCCCUACGAGGUGGCCCUCAACCUCACGACGUACCUGCCCGGGCGCGAGCACCACCCGCGGCCCUGGGCGCCCGCGCUCGCCGGGCUGGGCGACAUCCUCUCGCACCUCACUGACCAGCCCGACUACAUCCUGUUCGAGAGGUACAUGCAGAAGCUCCUGAGCCCGCUGUGGGAGCAGGUCGCCCCCGCGGACCCCUCGACGUCGGCGACCCCGUCGCCCGUCGAGGCCAACACGACGAAGGAGCAGCUGCUGCACCGCGCCGAGAUGGUGUCCUGGUCGUGCUCCAUGCACGUCGACAAGUGCGAGGACUGGGCCAAGCGCGCCGUGCACAAGUGGAGGCUCGAAGAGGACCCGGACACCACGAACCCGGUGCCGGCGAUGCUGCGGGCCACGGCGUACUGCACGGCCGUGUCGUCGGGGUCCUCUGACCUGUGGGACUUCAUGUGGCAGCGGUACCUGGCGGCGGGCAGGAAGAACGUGGACCAGCAGGACAGCAUCCUGAGCGCGCUCGCCUGCACCAGCGACCCGGCGCGGGCCGCCUACCUGCUGGAGCGCUCGAUCAGCGACGGUGACAUUCGGCCGCAGGACGUCGGCACGGUGUGGUCGGCGGCUGGGGGGAAGCCCGUGGCCGGCCUCGUCGUGUUCCGGUUCCUGCGAGAACACUGGCCGCGCAUCCACCAGAAGUUCGGGGCCGACUCCCUCCUCAGCUCCGCGGUGGUGACGGCCGCCAACCGCCUCUCCUCCAGCUCAGAUCUAGACGACCUGAACGCGUUCAGCGCCCAGCACAACAGCAGCCUGGGGGCGGUGUCGCGGGCCCUGCACCACAGCGCCGAGCACCUGCGCACCGACAUCGAGUGGCGGCAGAAGUUCCUGCCGGACUGCAAGCGGUGGACGGAGGACGCGCUGCGAGACCCCCACAAGUUCGCCCGGUGAUGUGCGCGCCCGGUAUCAAUGUUGUUUCAAUACUUCAACCAAAUUUGCUCAAAAAGAAAUGACUCGAUUGACGAAGAAGUCCUCUUACUUUCGUAUGUUGCUCUCCUUUGGCGAGCUCCAUUUCCUAUACUGUUUUGAGCGGCCGCGUCAUUGUUUUCGAUCUCUGGUCCUUUUGGCCGGCCGGGAUCGACUCGGAACUCGAACCAACGGCUGGUACUUACGUAUAUUUUUUUAAACGCAAAGUAGUAAUAAAUUGGUCUGUACUUGUUUAGAA